AAUAAACGUAGAAGCAAUUUGGCACUUUCCGCUCCAGGAAAACUAGGUGUACCUACUUUUUUUUAUCUAUUCUUUCGCUGUUUUCGGGUCGCACGUAUUGUCUUAAGAUUUUUAUUUGUGCAAUCGUUGGUAACCUACAAGAAUGGCCCUGUCGUCUUCACAGCAAGUUGUUGUUGCCUUCACAGCUGUUCUGUUCGCAUUUGUGGUGCUCCCCAGAAUGUUCGGAGGUGGGACAGGGUCGAGGGAACCCAGGUCCUAUGAUCAGCGAUACAAGAAAGGUCCGGGCCCAGGGGCAUUAAAGGGGCAGCCGUUCAGCAUGAACCCCACCUCAGCUGGCCACCAGGGCCAGAGUGCAGAGAGCAUAAAGCAGAUGAGGAAGAUGGUGGAGCAGGAGAUGAAGAGUGAUAAAUAUAAAUCCAACAGCAACAACAACAAAGGCUACGUCUUCACCCUCAUGCCCAUGUAUGCCAUCGGUGUGGGGCUGUUUGCUGUGUACAAGUUCUUGAAGAUUAAAUCGGCAGACGACAUGCAAGCCCAGAAGGACAAGCUUACAAAAGGGGCCAAAAAAUCGGAAAAAACAGAAAGCCAGUUGAACGAGUUGGAGCAGCGGCUAGCGCAGACCGAGAGAAUGCUCAAUUCCAUUCUUACCCAGCUGGACCCUUUAACAAACUGUGUGAAGUCUGUGGCCAUGGACCAGAAGAAUGAGAUCAUGUCCCAACUCCAGUGUAUUCGCCAGUUGAUGAAAAAGAGGGGCAUGGAAUGUCCACCCCUCAACAUAGAAGAGCCGGCCUGUCAGAGGAACCUGGACGAGCUCAUCGAGACCCUGGCAGCACGACAGAAGGUUCCAGAACCUGUGACGGUGCCAGAGCAGGAAGGGGAGACUACUUUGGAGCCAGAGUGUGCCACCUCCGAGCCGGUUAAGACAGGAAGUGACAUGGACCUGGAUGCUGACAUGGAGGUACUGAGAGGUGGAGAGAAGGAAACGAGUGAACGAAAGGAGGAAGAGAAAGAGGAGGAGAAAGAGGAUGAGGACGAGGAAGGAGAAGACAGUGACCACAGCAUGCCUUCCCUGGAGGACAUCAGUGAGAUGCCUAUAGAAAAUAUUGGGGCCACCUCUCAGAAUGUCUCAGAAAGUUCUUUGACUGGUUUGCGGAGACGCAACAGACCUGAAUGAAUUGAUUUGCCCCUCAUGCAAACUUUUGAUGGGAUGAAAAAUAUUUAUUUACCAUUUGUUUAAUGCAGCCAUUGCUUUUAAUUUAUUUCAACAAACACUAUAUGUGUGCGUGUUUGUAUGCGCGUGUAAGUGUGCGUGUGUAAGUAUGCGUGUUUGUGUGUGUGCGUGAUCUUAAACCUGACUUGGUCAUAUCAUAAUCUUAUGCAGAUGUUACUUUUUAUAUUUCACAAGAUACUUUGACGGUUUCCUCACUUAAUCACUGUACUUUUUUUU